AUGGUGGUGAACCCUGGCACCCACCUCCAUCCAUCUCUCGCCCAGCAGCUAGAGACAACAACAAACUGCGCGAAUUCCUUUUCCCUGCGCCGCCACGCUUCACAAACCAUCAACAUGUCGUACGCCAACGCUGCUGCCAAGGGCCCCAAGCAGUCCCCCUCUGAGGCUGCCGCCCCUCAACAACCUGAGAUUAUCCCCAAUGAGUCCGCCUCGACCUCGUCCCUGAUUGACGUCGACAUGCCUAGCGUGCACACGGUGCCGUCCGACUUUAUGGAGCAGGACGUGCAGACGGAGACGCAGGCGAACCGCAUCGACCGUGAGGAGACGGCCCGGGCCGCCAAGGCCAAGGCCGAGCGCGCCCGCAAGGAGGCCGCUGCCAAGGCGAAGAAGGCCGACUCGUGGCUUACCAGGCAGGUGUCGCAGCUCUCCGACGGCGCCGCCGAGGGUAUCGCCGCCGCCAACCUCGCCACAUUUGUCGGCGUCGGCGGCUACCUCGGCUACAAGGCCUGGAAGCUGUACGAGAAGGGCAACCUCGACGGCAAGGCCGUCGGUCUGGGCGUCGGCAUCCUCGCUGCCGUUGGCGCCGCGCAGGCGGUCGUGGGAAGCUAUCUCUACCGCGGAAAGAAGAACUAG